GCUGCAGAUUCCGGGAUGAUGCUGCAUGCCCCGUCCAGGAGGCGAACCGUGGUGGAACACGCGGACGGCGGCGUCGAUGUAGUCCUCGCGACCUCCAUCGGGAACGGGGAGGAUUUGGGCCCUGCGGUUCGCCAUUCCUUCGAGUCCGGCAAGCCCGAGGCCCUCCUGCACCAGCUCAGGAACAUCGUGAAGAAGAAGGAGGUGGAGAUCGAAGAGCUGUGCAAGCUUCACUACGAGGACUUCAUCGUCGCCGUCGACGAGCUGCGUGGCGUGCUGGUCGACGCCGACGAGCUGAAGAGCAUGCUGUCGAGCGAGAAUCUCAGGCUGCAGGAGGUGGCCAGCGCGCUUCUGCUGCGGCUGGAGGAGCUCCUCGAGCUGUACCUCAUCAAGAAGAACGUCACCGAGGCCUUACAGACAUUGAAGGUCUGCGUCCAGGUCUCCAAGCUCUGCCUCACCUGCAACAUGCACGUCUCCAACAGCCGCUUCUACCCUGCACUCAAGACCUUGGACAUGAUCGAGCGCAACUACAUCCAGAACACCCCUCUCAAGCCCCUGAGGAAGGUGAUCGAGAAGCAGAUACCUGCGCUCAAGCUGCACAUCGAGAAGAAGGUCUGCAGCGAGUUCAACGACUGGCUCGUCCACAUCAGGAGCGCGGCCAAGGAGAUCGGGCAGCUGGCCAUCGGCCAGGCUUCCUCCGCCCGGCAAAGAGAAGAGGAGAAGCGGGCGCGCCGCAGGGAAGCAGAAGAGCAGAGCCGGACCGGCGUCGGCGACGUCGCGUGCGCGUUGGACAUCGAGCACAUCGACGAGGAUUCGAUGCUGGAAUUCGACCUCACGCCGGUCUACCGAGCUCAUCACAUUCACACCUGCCUUGGGAUCGAAGAGAAGUUCCGCGACUACUACUACAAGAACAGGCUGAUGCAGCUCAAUCUGGACCUGCAGAUCUCGUCGGCGCAGCCGUUUCUUGAAUCCCACCAGCCCUUCUUCGCGCAGAUCGCCGGCUUCUUCAUCGUGGAGGAUCGAGUUCGGCGGACUGCAGGGGGACUGCUAUCGGACAGUCAGGUGGAGGCGAUCUGGGAGACGGCCAUCGCGAAGAUGACAUCCGUUCUGGAGGAUCAAUUCUCCCGCACCGAUACAGCGAGCCACCUCCUUCUUAUCAAAGACCUCGUGACUCUUCUCGGGGCCACUCUCACCGGCCAUGGCUACCGGGUAGCGCCCUUGCUCGAGGUGCUCGACAGCAGCAGAGACAAGUACCACGAGCUCCUCCUCAGCGAGUGCUGGAAGCAGAUCAGCGACAUCCUGGCCAGUGAUUCCUUCGAACAGAUGGUGAUCAAGAAGGAGUACGAGUACAACAUGAACGUGUUGUCGUUCCAACUUCAAUCCUCCGACAUAAUGCCUGCAUUCCCAUACAUCGCACCCUUCUCCUCCUCUGUUCCAGAUGUGUGCCGCAUCGUGCGCUCCUUCAUCGAGGACUCCGUCAACUACUUGUCGUACGGAGGUCACAUCAACUUUUACGAAGUGGUCAAGAAGUACCUCGACAAGCUCGUGAUCGGUGUGCUGAACGAAGCUUUGCUCAACAUGAUCCAUACUGGUAAUCUCGGCGUGUCGCAGGCGAUGCAGAUUGCGGCGAACAUAGCAGUCCUCGAGGGCAGUUGCGAUCUCUUCUUGUGGCAGGCUGCCCAACUCUGCUCGGUGCCUCUGCGCUUGGUGGAAAGGCCUCAUGCCGGAUUGACUGCCAAGGCUGUCCUCAAGGCGUCGCAGAAUGCAGCUUACAAUGCGUUGGUGAACGUGAUCGAUUCCAAGUUGGAUGAGUACUUGGCGCUCAUGAACGGCAUCAAUUGGACGGCAGAUGAAGCUCCAGAGAACGCGAACGACUACAUCCACGAAGUCGUCGUCUACCUCGACUUCCUCAUCUCCACCGCUCAGCAAAUUCUGCCUGCAGAAGCUCUCUACAAGAUCGGUGUCGGUGCUCUGAAUCAUAUAUCGGAUUCGAUCGUGGCUGCCUUUCUUAGUGAGAGUCUGAAGAGGUUCACCCUCAAUGCUGUCAUCGGCAUCGGCAAUGAUCUGAAGACAUUGGAAGCGUUUGCGGCUGAAAGGUUCCAGAGCACGGGGUUGAGCGAGUUGAAGAAAGACCGAAGCUUCAGAGAUUGUUUGGUGGAAGCGAGGCAGCUGGUGAAUCUGCUGGUGAGCAAUCAGCCUGAGAACUUCAUGAAUCCGGUGAUAAGAGAGAAGAACUAUGGUGCUUUGGACUACAAAAAGGUUGCGAGCAUCUGCGAAAAGUUCAAGGACGCACCAGAUCGGUUGUUUGGGAGCCUGUCGAGCCGAAACACGAAGCAGGAUGCUCGGAAGAAGUCGAUGGAUAUGCUGAAGCGAAGGCUGAAAGAUUUCAGCUGAUGCCAAGGAUUGACCUCCAGACAAGUUAGCUUGUUAUGGAU